AUGGCCGAUGCAAUAAAGUUAGCUCGUAAAAUUCACAGUUCUGUGACUGCUCAUGAAUGUCAGGCACCGUCACGAAACGUGCAGGAUGAAGUGACUAAUGCCGAGGCAGGCACGUGCCAGCAGCGUUGUCAGUUCUCCGACUGCACGAAGACCCAGAUGUUACUGCUAGAGUGUGAAGCUUGCAAAGGACAAUUUUGUAUCGGCCACAAGCAAAAAGAGACUCACCAGUGCCCCAAACUGUGGACAGCCACGGAUGAGGCGCGGGCAGAACGAGAGGCCGGUGUCCGAAACGCCGAAGAUUUAGAUCGAACCGCUUUGCAUUCCGUUUCACGCCCUCUGCAUCAUGUUGAACCACACUCCGGCUCGUCUGAAUCCAAGCCAGUCUCAGCGCGGUCGCGAGCGACCGCCGCUCGCCUAACUCUAAUGCAGGCGAAGAUGCAUGCGAAACCCGCGGGACGUGUCGCGUCAUCCCUGAGUGCUGAGGAUCGCUUUGUAAUUCGUCUCUCUGUCUCGGCUGAAUUAAAUCCAUCCAGCACCGACGUAGCGCCGUUUUUCGUGGGCAAGUUUUGGCCUCUAGGAAAGGUGUUGGACUUUGCUCAGCAACAUUUUGCCGUGAAAGCGCCACCGAGUGGUACGAUCAUUGAGCUUUACGUUGAUAAUAUUCCUAAAUAA